AUGGCAGAAAAAAAAUAUUUAGACCUCAAUGGGCUUGGAUAUACUAUUCGUAAAAUGGAUAGUAAGAAAGCUGAUGUUGAGAGUCCAGCUUUAACUGGAACGCCAACCGCUCCUACUGCUGAAAAAGGAACAUCAACAACACAAAUUGCAACAACAGAAUUUGUUAAUGAUGCUAUAUCUACUGCUGAAAAGGGUUCAGUCGUUACAGUAACGCCAAGUAGAAACUCUGGUGAAAAAAUAGCUGAUAUAACGGUAGAUAAUACAACAAAAAGUCUUUAUAUUUCAUCUAAUUAUCUUGAUAAAUCAUAUUCUGGAGAAAACAAACUUUCUGGAAAAGUAACUGUAGGAAGUUGCUCUACUAAUGUAAACAAUGCUUAUUUGCACCAAAGAAAUGUUAGUUCUUAUAACGGAAUAGUUUCUGGAACUCCUUAUGUUGGAGCUUGCUUUGCCAUAAAUAGUGAUGGCUCUGCUGGCUUUUUCCAUAAAACAUAUUCUGAUGCUAAUGGUAAUGGAGCUAGAAAUAGUGCUAUUUUAAGGUUUUUUGGUGUAAGAGACAAAGAAGGUGGAAAACUUCAAUUUGGAACUAAUGCUACUGGAAAUGUUGCAGAAAGUGAUUAUAAAACUGUUGCAAUGAUUGAUGAUAUUCCAAAUUAUACAGCCGGAAAUGGUAUAACCAUAGAAAAUAAUGUUAUUUCUGCAACUGGUGGUAGUCCAACACCUAUUCCAUAUGUAACGCCAGAAAUGUUUGGUGCUGUUGGCGAUGGGGAAACUGAUGACACUAUAGCUUUUCAACGCAUGGCGGAUUCUAAUGAAAAUAUUGUUGUUUUUGUUAAAAUGGUCAAAUUACAAAUAGAAGCAGAAGAAGCAGAACAUAAAGAAUCUACUUAUGCAAUUGGAUUUGACACAGAAUGUUAUACUUCUCGUGAAGACGAAGAAGAAUGGGAGGACGAUGAAUGA